GCUUGACUGCCACUGAUGCGGACACCAUCCAGAUCAACCCCUGAUUCGCUCGCCAUCAUGAGCGGACUAGUUCAUCAAGAGCCGGAACAUGCAGUGCACGGAAUGGGUCCAGAUCCCACUCAAGAAGAGGAUCACAAGACGCAAUGCUGCCCGGAAAUGGAUCUGCAUCGGAGUUGCACGGUGUUGGGUUGCCAAUCCGAACCUGAUGCGGAUGUGGAGCGGGAAUACGACCCCCGGAAUCUGAACAUUUCCUUCGCUGGAUGUGGAUUUCUCGGGAUCUAUCAUUUGGGCGUGGCGGCGGCCUUCAGCCACUUCCUGCCAGAUUGUCAGUAUGACAAGCUCUGUGGAGCUUCGGCGGGCGCAUUAGCGGCCACGGGCUUGGUGGCUGGAAUUCCUGUCACCAAGAUGGUGACCACGCUAUUGGAGGUGGCUGGAGAAGCACGCAGACAUUUUGGCGGUGCCCUCAACCCUUCCUACAACAUCACGGAUGUCCUCUUUGAGAAGCUACGGCAAAUCCUCCCGGAGGACAUUCACAUUCGAGCCAAUGGAAAGCUGUUCGUGUCGGUCACCAAGAUCAUGGACGGAAAGAACGUCAUGAUCGAGAACUAUAUGAGCCGAGAUGAGCUCAUCGAAGCCAUCGUAGCAAGUGCAUUCAUUCCCGGAUUCUCCGGAGCCAUGCCGCCCGUGUUUCGAGGCUGCCGGAUCAUUGAUGGCGGGUUUUCUUGCAACUUACCCGACAUUUUUGACAAUACCAUCACGGUGUCACCCUUUGCUGGGAGUGCCAUCAUUUGUCCCUUGGACGAUGGGAAGGUCAGAGCUUAUCCCGUGCACAGGCUUCAUUUCAGCGAUCAAGGUACGGAUGUGACCUUUGCCAAUGCCAUCCGCUUGAAGCACGUGAUGUAUCCUCCCUCUUUGGAGGAGCUGAACAAGAUCCUCAUGGCGGGUUUCAAGGAUGGUCAUCGGUUCCUGAGGACUGAAGGCUUCAUCAAAUGCACGCAAUGUCUGACUAUUCGCUCGGAGAUGACCGCUUGCGAAGAUUUAAUCUCUUGCGAUGAAUUCGAGGACUCCCUCCCUCAAGCCAUUAGCCAUACGUUCGAAUCGUUCCGAAAUCGAGCGGAGAACUUGCUCUUGCAUUCGAGCAAACGCUUCUCAUUGUUCAACAAAACCUGCCGAUUCGUGUUCAACGUGGCCUCCUACACGCCUCCUGUGUAUUUGAUGAAGAAGAGCAUUCAAGUGGCUCAUGGAACGACCGUGCUCUUGGCCAAGACCUUCGUGACCAUGGUCAACAUGCUGGAAGUGCUCAUCGAUAUCCGGCUUCAAUCCGAGGCCGAAAAGUACCUCGGACAUACACUGAAGGCCUUCAUCAAGCACGACGAUUGGAUCUCAGUCACGGCACCUAAAGGAUCCCGUCCAGUGAAGAAACGGGUCCCCAAACGUGCCGUGAGCAUGGAUAUCAACAUCAGCCAAUUUGGUCGCGGGCAUGAUGAGGACGACGAGGAUGAUUUUAGCUCCGGAGGGUCGGCUGUGGUGGCUGGAUGCAACGAAGACGGGGUCGAUCUGGUCCAGAUCCGAGUCGAAAACAUUGUCAAUGAAGGCAAUCCGGAUCCGACCACAGACGAAGAGGCCCGACAACUCCAAGCGGACAAUCUUCUGAAUGCCACCCGAUCCGAAAAUAUCUCUCGAAGUGUGUCUCAUGGAUGGUUUUCGUUUUCAUGUAGCAAUCCGGAUCCGACCACAGACGAAGAGGCCCGACAACUCCAAGCGGACAAUCUUCUGAAUGCCACCCGAUCCGAAAAUAUCUCUCGAAGUGUGUCUCGUUUGGGCUCGAGGAUUGCUUCCAAGCGGAACUCGCUCCAAUCCUCGCGGCAACAUUCUCGGACCGGAUCCAGACGGGGUUCGAUAACAACCAGCCGACAAACGAGUGAAUCCGAAGGUGGAGAGACUUUGGAAAACAUCCGGAGAGUCACCGAGCGUCAGAACUCGGUUCUCGGUUAUUACUAUCGUAACGAUAAAGGCGACCUGGUCAUGGUGAACAUUUACGACAUCUCAAACACGGAUCCAGCUGAUAUCCUGGGUAAUGACAUCUUGAAUGCGGACUCCAUCAUCUUGGACCCCGAAGAGGUUCACGACCGAUUGCGAUCCGUGCCUCUGGAUCGCUUCAUUUCGAAUCAAUCCACCUCACAGACAUCUUCGUCGAGUCAUGCGGAUGAUUCGACUUAGUUUCAGGAGGAAUCCUCGUCUUCCCUAAGUCUGACCAGUGACUCGGAUCGCUGAUGGAUCUAGAAUAGUGAUGGGGAUGAAUCCAAGUCUUCCCAUGGCUCCCUCGCAUUUGUGAACGGCACUUCUAAUUUUUCAAUUGUCUAAAACAAAAACAAAAAUCGCAACCUCAACGUAUAGUAAUCUUGUCAUUGGAGUGAAUAAACACGUCAUUGUGA